CCCUGAAAGCAACACAAGAGUUCAGUCGCGCACGAGCAGCGUGGAGAAAGACGCACGUUCCUUUUUUGGGGGGGAAUCUGCGGGACUGUGGCCCGACCUGGUGACACAGAUUUUAACUCAACCCCUGGCAACUGCGGCUUCGAGACUUGUUUCUGCCGCUCCAGCCCCUGUUCUUGAAUCCUGCUCUCUGCUUCAGAUCUCUCCCCUCGGCUCGGUCUCUUCCCGCAGGCUUGGCGAGCACGGCCCCACAGCUGCAGGGGAGCACCCCGAGGUGUCGCUUACCUGGUGCUCAACCACAGUAUUAAGAGGCUCGGAACUGGAAUGCUUGGGGCUUGUAUCUGGUGAUCUCAGUAGUUCUCGAAACCAGCCGUUGGAAAGGAUGGAGAACGCAGGCUAUGAAAAGAUUGAGGCCGAGCUGAGAGGACGGGAAAUCGGUGUCGGGAGCAGUUGUCACGCAGCGGAGGGAGGAAGAGGGCGGCCCUACCUCUCCCGCGGAGGAGGAUGAAGAAGACGCAGCAGGACGAGGCCAGGGCGGACAGGGGGAGGGCCGACAGCAGCACGAUCAGGCAGGGCAGUCCGAUUCCGGGGUGCUGGGGAGGGCCGGGGGCCUCCCUUUCCUUCUCUAGCGCUGCUGUGUGGGCUGUGGUCUCUGGAGCAGUCAGUCUGGGGGACACAGUCACCCUGCCCUGUGACCUCGAGCUCCGACACGAGACCACCUGGUUUCUGCAGCGUAACGAGACCCUGGCUCUGAGGAUUAUAGCCAGUAAGAACCAAGUGGAGCAGCAGACUGAGCCUUUUUACUACGUGAUAAGACCGGACUCUCGCUUCAGCCUGGUGCUGAACCCCUCCACUAACUCCUCCAGUCUGAGGAUUGAGGGGGUCACAGAGACAGACCAGGGACUGUACUACUGCACCACCAGAGAGAGGGGAGAGGUACAGAUAGGAAAAGGCACCAGGCUGAGGCUCCAUGGAGAAGAAUUAUCAUCGAAGGAAAAUGGCGAACAUCCCUCUGGAAUCGGCUGGUCAUGCCUGAUCAUCCUGAUCGUUGCUCCUCCUCUCUCCACCCUGAUGACAUCGUGCUUCGUCUUCUGUCUCUUUGACAGACCAGGCCGGCCACAGGACAGAAAAGGAGACAGAAGCCUCGUGCAGGGGAAGGGACGGCAGCAGGACGUGUACGAGAUCAUGCGGCCGGCCGGGGACCGAGAGGCCGGAAGCGGGCGGAGCGAUCUUCUCCCCCGGCCGCGAGCCCGGAACCUGUCAGGGUGAAGCGGCGCUUGUCUUCCCCCUCUCCUCCCGCCUCUCUGCCUGCCCGCGCCCGCUGUGCUGUUUCACAGGAAGCUCUCUGAGGCUGGGGCUUCGGGGGGAUAUGAAUAGAAGAGUGGUCACGCCCUGCCCCACCUCACUGCUCUGCUCUUGAUGCUCCCCCGCGGGUGGACCAGGCACACCUGCAGAUCUGAGGGGAAAUGCAGCCCAACGCG